AUGGCGAAUUCUAUGGUAUUUAUUUUAUUAUGCUGCGCGAUAACAGGAACACACUCGGCCAGGAUACUCGCCGUAUUUCCUACUCCGUCCGUGAGCCACCAAGUUGUAUUGCAACCUUUGACAUUAGAGUUAGCGAAACGAGGCCACGAACUCACAGUUAUCACAGCAUACCCUCUCUACGCGUCCAAAAAUCCAGAAAAUUACACGGAAAUUGACGUCUACGAAGUAUCCUAUGAACAUUGGAAGAAGAAGGUCGUCCACAAUAUAGAAUUUGGAACGAAGAAGAGCAUUUAUCCGCAAAUGGAAACGCUAUUGUCGGCUAUGACAGAAGUGAUAUGUUUGCAAAUAAAACACCCGAAAAUUCAACGUAUAAUUAAGGAUCGCGAGAAGUAUGACCUCCUUUUGUUAGAAGCGUGGUCACGACAAACUUUGGUAUAUAGUCACUUAUUUCAAGCGCCCGUAAUUCAGAUUAGUUCGUUGGGAUCUAUGUUUGGGAGAGACGAAGGCAAUGUUGGUGCACCAAAACACCCCUUCCUGUUUCCCAUGACGAUAUCGCAGAAACUCUACAAUCAUACAUUCUGGGAUAAAAUAGAGGAGUUAAGGUUUCGUUUAUGGUUUGAUAGAUUUUUUUAUGCUGAAGAGUCUAAUGAACUCGAAAUCCUCAGAGAGAAGAUAAGUAACGAUUUACCCAAUUAUGACAUUCUGAGUGACAAUAUCGAUAUGUUGUUUAUAAACAGUCAUCCCAUGUGGAUUAACAAUCAACCGUUGCCACCAAACGUAAAAACAAUUUGGGGAAUUUAUAAAAAUCCUGAAAGAGUUUUACCGAAAUUACAUUUGAUACAAUUACCAAAUGUAACUAUUGAAGAAGGAGACAAGCGAGAACAUCCCAAAAUUAAACUUUUCAUAACACAGGGCGGCUUGCAAUCGACAGAUGAAGCCAUAAGUGCUGGCGUACCAAUGAUAGGAAUACCUAUGCUUGGAGACCAGUGGUUUAAUGUGGAGAAAUAUGUAUUGUACAAAAUUGGCAUUAAAAUUGAAAUGGAGACGAUUACUGAAGAAGAACUAGAAGAAGCAAUUCAAACUAUAAUAAACGAUACCAGUUACCGUGACAAUAUUGUACGUCUUCGUAAGCUAAUGAACGACCAGCCGCAAGGUGCAUUAGAACGUGCUGUUUGGUGGACCGAGUACGUGCUGCGGCAUGGUGGGGCGAAGCACCUUCGCGCGGCUGGAGCCAACAUGCACUGGACGAAAUACUACGAGAUAGAAUUCGUACUUCAGCUGUUUUCAAUAGUGUUCGUCGCUCUGGUCACCUCAUUAUUAGUAGUUUAUUUCGUAUGGAAACAGUUAUCAAUACCAAAAAGACAUCCAAAGAUUAUGUUAUUCAUAACCCAGGGUGGCCUUCAAUCAACUGAUGAAGCGAUGGAUGCAGGUGUUCCACUUAUUGGUAUACCAAUGCUCGGAUAUCAGUCGUAUAAUGUAGAGCAAUACGAGUAUCAUAAAAUUGGAGUAAAACUGGAUCUGGAAAUAUUAACUGAAGAAAAAUUAUUCGAUGCUAUUAAUGCAAUUAUUUACUUAUCGUACCCAUACCUUAUUAAAAGAAUAAUUGUCGAAUGA